AUGUUGCAGGGACAAGAUCCUGCCGCUCCCGCUGCCGCUCCCGCUGCCGCUCCCGCUGCCGCUCCCGCUGCCGCUCCCGCUGCCGCUCCCGCUGCCGCUCCCGCUGCCGCUCCCGCUGCCGCUCCCGCUGCCGCUACCGCUGCCGCUCCCGCUGCCGCUCCCGCUGCCGCUACCGCUGCCGCUCCCGCUGCCGCUCCCGCUGCCGCUCCCGCUGCCGCUCCCGCUGCCGCUCCCGCUGCCGCUCCCGCUGCCGCUCCCGCUGCCGCUCCCGCUGCCGCUCCCGCUGCCGCUCCCGCUGCCGCUCCCGCUGCCGCUCCCGCUGCCGCUCCCGCUGCCGCUCCCGCUGCCGCUCCCGCUGCCGCUCCCGCUGCCGCUCCCGCUGCCGCUCCCGCUGCCGCUCCCGCUGCCGCUCCCGCUGCCGCUCCCGCUGCCGCUCCCGCUGCCGCUCCCGCUGCCGCUCCCGCUGCCGCUCCCGCUGCCGCUCCCGCUGCCGCUCCCGCUGCCGCUCCCGCUGCCGCUCCCGCUGCCGCUCCCGCUUCCGCUCCCGCUGCCGCCCCCGCUGCCGCUCCCGCUGCCGCUCCCGAUGCCGCCCCCGCAGCCGCUCCCGCUGCCGCUCCCGCUUCCGUUCCCGCUGCCGCUCCCGCUGCCGCUCCCGCUGCAGCUCCCGCUGCCGCUCCCGCUGCCGCUCCCGCUGCCGCUCCCGCUGCCGCUCCCGCUGCCGCACCGCUGCCCGCAAAAUUCGAGGCCGAGGCCUAA